AUGGAGCGAGAUAUCAGACGAGCGCGGGGCCAAUGGCGUGGAUGUUAUGCAUUCGAGGAUAUCAUAUGCGAUGGUGACGGGGGUAGCAGUCCCAAACGAACAGGUGGUUUGAAGAUGGGAUCCACUUAUUAUUACUACUACGAGCUUGACGACGGCACAGAACAUUACGACGCGACGAUAUCCUUUACUACUUCAUGUCCAUACCUUCCUGGACAACCAGUCAACCUACUUUACGUGCCAGUCGAAGUCCAACCUUUGCGCUAUCGAAGCGCAUCAAUGAGCUCAAUGGCCAUCGGAGAUAUCAAAACGAUGAACCCAGCCGACAAGUUCAUGACCCCACGACAACCUCCUCCACUACCUGCCUUACCACGCCUGAACACCGCGACAUCGGUUCUCACCAAGAAACGUUCAGCUCGCUCGUUGUCACCAAAUGGCGACAAGUCCCCGUGGUCUCCAAGAACGUUCUUUGGCCUGUUGUCACCCCUACAACAGUCAGAUAAUCGUGGCCGGUCAUCCUCUCUUAGCAAGAUGUCACAAUCUAGUGCGGAUAGGAGUACACCAAGUCUCAAAGCCCGACCAGAUGAGAUGAGGAAGGUCAGGUCUGUACCUCAGACUAGAGACGCGUCCCCACAUUCUUUCAAGUCAAAGUCCAGAGAAGCAUCUCCUUUCCGACAGGCAGCUGUGCAGGAGCAUCAUUUUAGCGCCACGACCUUCAGCAUUCCGGAUGAGAUCGCUGAGGAGGCCGAAGAUGAUGACAAUUUUGCAAGUCAUGUCAACCGCAUUUCUAUGAACGAGAAGGGCAUCUUUACACCACUUGCGCCUCCCCCAUCUCGCCAACGGUCACCUCCUGCUCGUGCCAGUACUGCAAAGGAUACCGCAAAGCCGCUGCCACAAUUACCGGAAGAGGAUAACCUUAUGCCAUCUCCUCUCCGUCUUCGCACUGUCGCUUCUGCUGCGGAGCUUCCAAGAUCACACUUCUCUACCUCAACCAUCUCUACGAACUUCACAUCACCUUCCGAUAGUCAAUUCAGCUUCAGCGAAGAAGAGCUCAAUGAUGAGGACCUUACUACAGACAUGGGAAGUGGUGAUGAAUUUACGUAUAGUCCUAUAUUAGCAGAGACUCCGCUUAGUGGUAGAUUCAGUGGUUACAGUCUUCCUAAAGCAGAAUAUGCUUCCAAGCAGACACUCAGAAAUCAGACACCCCUUUCGCCAUUUCGAGAGCCAGCCAGCAGGACGACAUUUGGUGGACCGUCUGCCACUUACACGUCUACCAGUGGAAAUGAGCCAGAACAUAUGUCUGCUCUAGAACAAUUAUUGAGCGAGAUGGGAUAUCUUGGAGAUGUGAUUGUUGGUAAAUGA